AUGAAAAUUAUUAUUUUCUUAGUUCUCUUAAUCGGAAUCAAUUAUUCACUUAACUUAAAUCCUGUAAUAGGAAUAUUAACAAUACCAUCUGAUGAAGAUUACAAAGAGUAUCCUUCUUCAUAAUAUUCAUAUUUUGCUGCUUCAUAUGUUAAAUAUGUAGAAUCAUCUGGUGCAAGAGUGAUGCCUAUUCCUUAUGAAGCAGAUGAGGCUACAUUAGAGAAAUACUUUUCAUAGAUUAAUGGAUUAUUACUCACUGGAGGUACUUUGGCUUUAGAAACAAAGUCAGGGCCAUCUAAGUAUUUAUAGACAGUGACUUAUUUAUUAAACAAAGUUAUAAAAGCAAAUUAGUCAGGUGAUACAUUUCCAUUGUUUGCCAUAUGUUUAGGACAUUAAACUUUACAUUUUAUUUUAUCUAAUAAAGAUUAUGAUGUAUUAAGUCCUGCUUCAGGAAUGUAAAGAGUGAAUAAAAAAUUGAUAUUUACAGAUAAGAAGAGUACAAUGUUUAUAGAUUUAAAAGAAUAAAUUUUCAAAUCAAUUGAGACAUAAGAAUAAAGUAUUUAUUAUAUUUAAUUAUAGUUUAUUUUAAUACUGCUUGGGGAGUAUUACCUAAUUAUUAUUAAACUCAUUCUGAAUUGAAUAAUUUCUUUAAUAUAGUUGCAGUAGUUGAAGAUUAAAAAGGUGUUGUAUCUAUAGCUGCAGCAGAAGCCAAAUAAUAUCCAAUUUUUUCUUUUGGUUUUCAUCCAGAGAAACCAAUAUUCGAAUUCAAAACUCCAUCUUAACACUAAUAAGAAUCUAUCUAAUUCGGUAGAAAUUUAAUUAAUCAAUUUAUUCAAAUUGCUAGAGAGAAUAAUCAUAUUUUGAAAGAUUCAAAUUCAGUCAUUUUUAAAUAUAAUCCUAUAUAAUUGGAUAGUGCUUCAUUUGCAUAAAUUUAUUUCUUUAAAUUAGGAGAACUAAAUAUUUGA